AUGACGAAAACUAUUGAGAUAACAAACUACAACGGUCAUGAGUUCAAGAAUUUGUUCUUCGUUCCUCGUGAAAAUACAUUCUAUCAGAUACGAGGGAGAAAGGGUAAAGUUAGUUUGAGCGUUUAUGACUACAAGCAUAAUGGAAAGUUUAUACAAGCAUACGAUACAAACGGUAAACGUGUUUCAUUAGCUUUGUCAAAACUUACUAACAUUCAUUUUGACAGUGAUUUUGACCUAUAUGAAGAAGAAAGUGAGUCAGAAGAAUAUGAACUGUUGUGUGAAGCACAGCAAUGGGAGGAGUUGCAAUACUUUUGUAAGUGA